AUUUCCAUCGUAUUCUCCAAGGAGAGGAGUUGAAACAUUCAACGUACACAAACUCACAUAUACCAAAAAGGAAAAGCAGACCAGAGAGGGUUUUCCCUUCCAAGUUUCUUGCGAUUUUCUUGGAUGGAGUCUUGCAAGGGACCAGAGGGAGAGGAAGUGAAGUGCGUGUGGGUUCAUGGUCCUAUAAUCGUAGGGGCAGGACCCUCGGGGCUGGCCGUUGCAGCAUGCCUCUCCCACCACGGACUACCCUACGUCAUUCUCGAGAGGAGUCACUGCAUAAACUCCCUUUGGCAACACAGAACCUACGACCGUCUCAAACUCCACCUCCCCAAACACUUCUGCCAACUCCCCUUCAUGCCCUUCCCUCACCAUUUCCCCAAAUACCCCUCCAAGAACCAGUUCAUCUCCUACCUCCAUUCCUACGCUCACCGCUUCAACAUCCGCCCCAGGUUCAACCAGUCCGUUCACUCCGCUCACUUCGACCCCGUUUCCCAGUUCUGGGUCGUCAGAACCAACGAUUUUCAGUACAUUUCCCCGUGGCUCGUCGUUGCUACCGGAGAGAAUGCCGACCCUGUCAUUCCCUCGAUUCUUGGCAUGGACUCCUUUCACGGACCCGUUGUUCACACCAGCGCCUAUAAAUCCGGUUCUCAUUACAAAAACAAGAGGGUUUUGGUAAUCGGUUGCGGCAACUCAGGAAUGGAAGUAAGCUUGGAUCUUUGCAGGCACAACGCCACCCCUUACAUGGUCGCCAGAAACACAGUACAUGUGCUGCCUAGGGAGAUGUUUGGCUUUUCUACGUUUGGAAUGGCGAUGGGUCUAUUGAAAUGGCUUCCGAUAAAGUUGGUAGACAAGGUGGUAUUGGCGUUGGCUGGGUUAAUGUUAGGUGACACCGCCCGCUACGGCGUUAGGAGGCCAAAAACUGGGCCAAUAGAGCUCAAACUUGUCACCGGUAAAACCCCUGUGCUAGAUGUUGGACAAGUAGCGCAGAUAAGAUCCGGUAACAUCAAGGUGAUGGAAGGGGUGAAGGAGAUAACAAGAAACGGUGCCAAGUUUAUGGAUGGACAAGAAAAGGAGUUCAGUGCCAUAAUAUUAGCAACGGGUUACAAAAGCAACGUGCCCACUUGGCUUAAGAGCCGUGAAUCUUUCACGAAAGACGGAAUGCCGAAAAUGCCGUUUCCAAUGGGUUGGAAGGGAGAGAAUGGAUUGUAUACGGUUGGGUUCACGAGAAGAGGUCUUCUUGGAAGUGCAUCGGACGCCGUAAAGAUUGCCGAAGACAUAGCUGAUCAAUGGAUGAGCGUUAAGGACAAAUCACGCCGUAAUUCCCUUAUGAUCUUGCUCAAGAGUACAUAGGAUCACGUGGCUAAUCUUGUAAUUGUUCUGGAUUUUUUUUUAUUUUUUAUUUAUUUUUUCAUGUAUGUACAAUUUUGUAUUUCCAGCAUUCUUGUGUCUAAACUUUUUUUUCACUCAGCCUUCGUUUCAAACAGUUCCGUAAAUG